GCGGGGUGACGUGUAAGGAUGGUACCAGGUGUCAGGACUGUGCUGGUCAUUUUUAUCCCUCCAAGGAGAGGUAGGGGACUGAGGACACAUAAAUGCAUUAUGAAUGUAAUCCACAUAAAACAAGAAUAUUAGACUGCUGCAGCUUAUGACUUAUGAAAAUACAAGUAAAAACCAGGAAAGCUUUUGUUCUUAUAAAAUGUAAAAACAGAAUAGGAUAUUUAAAAAUACUGUGCCUGGUUUAAGGGUGAGGUGCAUUAUGUAAGAAGCAGCUACAGACUAAGCUUGUGACUUGUUGAUGUGGAAAGCCAAGCACAUCAGUUAGCGCCUUCGGUAGCCGGCCACGCUCUUCUUUGAGAGCCUCCUGGUGAGACGGCCUCUGAUUGGUCAACCAGAGAAAGUGAGUGCUGUGCAGAGCACUGCCCCAAGGCAAGGACUGCGUCUGUGACAGAGACACGGGCUGAUGAUUAACAGAGUGCAAGUUCAACUUUGACCAACUCUAGGCUGCCCUGCGCUGCCUGGCUGAGCAGCAGGACGACACGGAGAAAGCACAGGAUGGACCUGACGGCUGACACCUUAAGAGUGAUGGCUGUUGGAGUUGUGGGAUAUGGCCACUUAGGACAGUACCUAGUGGAGAGGAUCCAGAAGGAGGGUCACAGCUUGGGCCUACGCCUGGCCUUUGUGUGGAACAGAAACCCUCAGAAGCUAAGAGCCUCUGUUCCUGAGGAACUGAUCCUAGAUCAACUGUCCCACUUCCCUGAAAAGAAUGCAGACUUGAUCGUGGAGGUGUGCCACCCACAGGUUGUGAAGGACUUUGGGGCUGAGUUCCUCUCGCAUGCUCACUUACUGGUGGGCUCCCCCUCUGCCCUCUCAGACCUCCAGUUGAACAAGCAACUACGGCAGACCGCACAGCAUCAUGGGAAGACACUUUACGUGCCUAGUGGCGCACUGUGGGGCAGCCAGGAUAUCCAGCGAUUGAGCGACAGCGGUACGUUGACGAAUCUCUUCAUCCGCAUGUCCAAACACCCCUCCUGUUUCCGCCUGACGGGGGACGGGCCCAAGGACUGGACCGAGGGAGAAGGCAGGAGGGUGCUUUUCAAAGGCUCCGUGGCUGACCUCUGUCCGCUGGCCCCUAACAAUGUGAACACCAUGGCAGCGGCUGCCAUAGCAGCAGACAGCCUGGGCUUCAGCGGGGUGAUGGGGGAGAUAGUCUCUGAUACUGCGCUGAAGGAGUACCACAUAGUGGAAGUCGAGGUGACGGGCGCCAACGGCUUCUCUGUGACCUCUGUGCGGCGUAACCCCGCCCAGCUGGGGGCAGUGACGGGGAGUGCCACCUACGCAUCCUUCUGGAGCAGCUUGCUGGCAUGUAAAGGCCAGAGAGCCGGAGUCUGCCUGUGCUGAGCGAGCUGGAGC